UCAACGAUGUAAGCGAUUAAAUUCGUCUGCAAUGCGUUGUGCAUGAUUAUUGUCAAGUGUGACUGUAUUACAGAUCAGGUGGCGGUAAAAGCAACGAUAUUUAAAAUGGCAACUCAACUCGGUGAUGUUGUUAUGUCUGCAAAGCCAUAUGUUCACACUUUAAGUCAAAGUAACCGAACAAUAAACUGUAGUUCUUGUUUAAAAAGCUGUGAUGCUUUAAAGAAAUGUUCUAAAUGUGGUGUGUUGAAAUACUGUAGUGUCUCAUGUCAGAGAGAAGAUUGGACUGUACACAAAGAAGAAUGUAGCUACCUACAGCAUGUAUCUCCUAAUAUUCCAGUGGAUAGUGUAAUGUUGAUGUUAAGACUUAUCAUUAAACACAAGCAAAGAGAUUUUGGAAAACCUGAUAGCUCUAAGGAUACUUGGAAAAGAUUUUUUUUAGAUUUUAAAACUCAUAAGAAGGAGAUACAACAAGACCCUGAUAGGAUGUCCCAGUUUUCACAGAUAUUGAUCACUUUACAAAAGCUUGUAGGGAAUAGCUUACCACCAGCCACUGAGAUAUUUGACAUAUUUUGCAAGAUGGCAGUUAACAGUUUUACUAUUUGUGAUGGAGAAUUGAAUCCUGUUGGUGUUGGUAUAUAUAUCAGCCCAUCUUUGAUUGACCAUAGCUGUCAACCUAAUGCUGUUGUAACAUUCUCUGGGAAGAUUUUAUACCUGAGGGCAUUAGAAGAGAUAGAAGAUCCAAGUCCUGAAAAUAUUAGAAUAAGUUACAUUGACCAGUUGGCCUUGACCUCAGACAGACAGGACCAGCUUUAUAAACAGUAUUAUUUUACCUGUGUUUGUACAAGGUGUUCUGAUGGAGAAAAGGAGAAGAAAAUGAAAAGUGUUAAAUGUCAGAAUUGUUCCCUUGGUAACCUGGAAAAGGAUGAGGAUGGUUUUCUGCCUUGUAAAGAAUGUGGUUGUUCUGUGAACAGUACAGAUUUACCUAGAAUUCACAAAUAUGAAAAUUAUAUAUGCAGGUCAUUAGAAAGUUUAAAGUUGGAGAAAAAGGUCCAAGAUGCCACAAAACUUCUCCAGAGUUGUAUGGACUGCCAGCAAAAACAAAAAGAUUAUUUUUCUUCAUACAACAUUCACUGCCUACAGAUAUUAGAUCUUGGACUAGAUGCCAGUAUAGAUUCUGAAAACUGGUUCCAGGCUUUGUCUUAUACCGGUCUGCUUAUCGCACCGUACAGAUUGUAUUAUCCACAUCAUAGCCCUCAGAUUGGUCUACUGUUAAUGAAGCAAGGGAAAAUACAGCUGUUUUUAAAGUUGUUAAAGGAAGCUCUGACAUCUUUACAGCAAUCAGGGGAGAUAAUAAAGAUAACACAUGGACAAGAACAUCCAUUAUACAGAGAUUUACAAGAUUUAUUAGAACAAUGUAUGGAGGAGAUGAGAAUGGCGUUGGAAUUCAAAAACAGUUAAUGGAGAUCAAUAAAAAUGAAAAA